UUGGUAUCCGAUAUCUCUGACAUAAGACGAGUGGAACAUGACGAAGUCAGAGUGCAGUGCAACGUCACCAAAGGAAAUCCGUCCUCAACAAAUAUCUUCUGGACCAAAGAAGGAAUUUACGGCGUCCAACAGUACGGCUAUACGCUUGUGUUGAAUAACAUUAGGAGAGGUCAAAAUGGAACAUAUAACUGUGUCGCAGAAAAUUCGUAUUCAGGGGGAGGAAAAGGCAGAGGAGAAAAAUCAUUCCUUGUGGAUGUUUUGUAUGGACCUACUCUUACUGGAGGGACAAUGGCGGUCUCUGAGGGACAACGGGCCAGCAUGACCGCCACGGUGACCAGUAACCCGCCCUCUAGAGUGUCUUGGUUCAGGGGCAGUGAUCUACUUUAUACUCAGAGUUCUGUAAAUGGGUAUUCGACUUACACCUUAUCCUCGGCUCAGUGUACUGAUACGGUGCAAUUCAGGGUAGUUGCUAGCAAUGGGAUCCAAAAUAACUCCUCAACAACUGUAUACCUCUAUGUCUACUGUUCACCGCGUUUAAAUUCCUCUGGGAGUUCGGUUUUCAUUUCAAUAGGAAACAACAAAUACAUGGACGGUCAGGUCACCAUCUUAUCGUAUCCACAGCCGAACUACACUCUGACUCUCCCAAACGGUGCUCCAAAUACUGACAUCAGUCUCAGAAUAUCCACCAUUACAACGAACAUCUACCGCAUCAAACUGCGCAAGUCAAAUAUUCAGCCAAAGGAUCAUGGGACAUAUAAAAUGAUUGUUUCAAACGCAUACGGAACAAGAAUACUAGAUAUUAAUGUUCACCCUGAAAGCAAACCUUUAAAAACAGAUCAAGUAUUUGUUUCUUGUGGAAACAGAAAAGCUUACAUUACUUGGCAGUCCUCUUACUUUGGUUACGAAGCUCAAAAUUCACUUGUUCAAUACUCGACAAAACCUGACAGUGUAGCCUUUUUCAACGGCUCAGGCCUCACACCUGAAAGAAUUGAACAAGAACUCUUACAUGUCACAGUUUCCGGUCUACAAGACAAUACAAAGUACUUCUUUAGAGUGGCCUCCAUUAAUAGAUAUGGCGUCUCUCUGUCAUCAGUUGUCGACUGCACCACGGAAACUAAAAAUGAGGAAACGUGGACUGCAAGCGUCGCUACUGGAACUGUCUUGGGAAUCUUGCUCGCUCUGAGCAUUGCAGCAUUGGCCUUUGUGUCUUAUAAUUACUUUCAAGAGAGAAAAGCCAAGAAAGCAAGGUCAGGACCAUAUGAUGCAAUUGAAAAGGGAAAAACCGAAGACAUCAACUUGUAUGAAAAAUACACGUAUCAAAACAGAGAGAAUGGAAAUCCUGAUACAGAAUGGCCGUCAGAAUUAUCAAUCAAUAAUUUGUACUCUUCAGAACCUCAACAAAAAGAUCAAGUCGUAGAAAGGAUUUAUGAAAACACAAGUCUAGUUAAGUCCUCGAAAGACAAAUUAAAACCAGAGAUAAAACCAAAGCCCAAGAAGUUACCGAAACCGAUUACUUAAUAUUUCUUUGUAAUAUAUUUCAAAAAAUAAUUGCAUCUUUUUUUUAU